AACGGUUUUAUGGAGCGCAGAGAACGGGGCGAAGGCGGAGACCAGCCAAAGCCCGGCCCUGGCGCAGCUCUACAGGGAGCAGUCCUCUCGGUUACUAUAGCAGGAUUAGUGUUAAAACAAGGAUUAUUUUAUCUAUCAAUAUCUGAUAUCACACGAUCUGGUGCCAUCAGAAGCUGUAGUACAGUAGUCCGUAUCCUCCACGUUUCCAUCCAAUGGAACCAGAUAAAUCGAUUACAUUUAAUCUAGUCAAUCCCAAUAAUUUCCCUGGCAAGCUGUGGCGCCUUGUGAAUAACCCAGUCUACCAAUCCAUCCGCUGGGACUCCACCGGAAAUGGCAUCAUCAUUGAUCAGCAUCUAAUUGAGUAUGAGCUGCUUUGUCCUAAACGAAUGGCGGAGGCCACAGACUUGUUUAAGACCACUAACUUCAACAGUUUUAUCCGCCAGCUCAAUCUCUAUGGCUUUAGAAAAGUAGUUCUAGGAUCUGACAGUACCACUGGUGUCAGUCACCCAGAUGGGAAUAAGGGAGUUGAUCAAGCCGGCCUUCAUUAUUUCUGCAAUGGCUAUUUCCAAAAAAACCGACCUGAUCUGCUAGUCAAUAUGAAGAGGCUGACAAGCAUUAACAAAGCCAAGCUGGCAGCGGGCAUCAAGGUGAAUUCCCGCCCACCAAACCGGUUCCAAAGAAUGAUUACUAGUGCUGUGACAGAGAAAAGUAAAGAACAUGGUGAGAAUAAGGGUCUAAUAACUGUUGAACAGAGUGAAAUAGCGGACAGACGUGAAAACAUUUCUCCGUAUCCCUAUGUCAACCCUUUAUCCAACAACUAUAAUGCUUUUCCUGGAAUAGGGCAUGAUUGUGCUUCUAUCCGUCCAAGGACAUGGUCAAACUCAUUUGGCCUUCAUCAAAGACAGCUCGCCUCUCAUUCAUCAUUUCCAGAAAAUGGGAUGUUUUAUCCUGUCCUGCAAUGUUUUCCAUCAGACAUCACUUACACAAUGCAAGCUACUGCUACUUCUAUACAUGUGCAACAAAACCACUCUGCUAUGCCAGGAUCAAUGCAGACAUAUAGUGGCUAUAUGCCACAUACUGCACAAUACCACCAGGCCUAUUAUCCAUCAGCCUUUCUUCCUCGCUACACAACUCCAGCUCAUCCUUAUCUCAGUGGCUGCCGGGGCCCUGCAGUCUCCUCAUUUCCAAACUGCAGCUAUUUUCAGAAUCCUCCAAUGCAGUCUUCAUAUCCUAUGGAAUUCUUUCAUACUAAUUGGUCAUCGAGUAAUUUAAACCCGUUCAGAAAAGAUGAGAGGAAUCUAGAACCUGCUAUCCAGUUACCGAAUGAUCUACAGUCUACUCAAUUGGAAACUGUACAGCUGGAUACAGUAGAAAGCCUUGCGGGACUAGCAGCAUCACCAUUACAAAAUGAGACUUCCGCCGGGGCUUUAAGUCCGGAAAAUGAUGAGAUCUAUUGUAAUCCAACUAAUCAUUUGGAAUCUUUACUGUCUAUCAAUGCUGAGAUCACCAGUGAAGCUUUAUUAGCCGACCAGCCUGUCAAUUGUCAAAGUCAAUUGACUUCAUCUAAUGACUUUCCUCUUAAUAGUGAUCAAACAGAGGUUCCUCCGGUCGCAGAUAAGUUCUUAUAUGUUGAAGCUGACUUACUUGCUUCUGAUGUUACUUCUUCAAGUGAAAUAGCAAAAUGUGAAUAGAAGGGAAAUGAGAGUGGUACAUAAAAAAUGGAAAAAUCAGGAGAUCUUAGUCUCCUGGUAGAGGAAGCCUACAACCAUGAUCAGUUAGCAGAGAAAGAAUUAAAAGAAUUAAAUAUUUUGGACUUUUCGGUAGUCAUGUGCUAUGAGCCGUUUUCAUGGUGCCUGUUAGAAGUUUAAAUUAGUUUUUUCCUGCUAGGUAACAAUAAAAAAUAUUUAUAUUUAGUGUUGUUUAUAAUAUAUUUCAAAAUGUGUUUAUUUGUGCAUGUAUAAAUCUUUGUAUUGCACCAGGUAACAGUAACAGUUGACUGCAACAAUUACCCAACAUGGCACAGUGUUAUGUGAGUAGCUCUCAAUGAUCUAACGGGGGAGAUUUACUAAGCUAAGUGUGCCAGAAUUUUGCCUCCGUUUGCACUAACACACUUGAGUAUGUACCUUUUACUACAUUUCUAUGGGUUUUAGACACUAUAUGGGAAAAGGCUGUUGCUUUGUGGUGAAGGGCAUGAUUUGACAUUGUGCUCCAAAACUUUGGUGA